AUGAUGCCCAAAGUUGCACCAUCCACCACGAUGCCCAAAGUGGCAUCAUCCACCAUGCUAACCAAAGCUGAGAAUAUUGAGGUCACGCGCUCCCAAGCCUUUGCCCUCUUGGCAGACCCAGACUAUCAUGACAUAUCUCUCGUUGGUACAGAUGGAGUGCUGGUCCCUGCAAACCAAAUUGCCUUGAUGGUCCGUAGCGACUACUUCAAGACCAUGUUCAAAAAGGAUGGGUUCAAGGAAUCCACUAGUAAUCCUGUGGUAUCCAUUGGAUUUUGCAGCAAGGUUCUCAAGACAAUUGUGGAUUACAUCCACACUGACAAUGCCAGUGCUUUGGUUGACUAUUCAGAGAGUGCUGUUGGGGCCUUUACUGCUGAUCAUAUGAUGGAAAUCCAGACCUUGGUUUCCUUGACAGAAGCAGCAAUGUUUGUUGGAUUGCCAGGUCUCUGCCAGAAGGCUCAGAAUUGUCUUUUUACUGCCAUGAAUGUGAUGCCCUCUGUGGCAUUUGCUGUGUUGGCAGCAUCCAAACAAGAGGGACCUGUAAUUUCAAAGGAAUUGACCAAUCAGGCUUGGAGAAGCCUCUUCAGGGCCAAUGGAUGCUUGAAUGAAGUUACUCUACAACACACCUCUUCCACAGUUCUGGUGGCUAUUCUUCAGGAUGCCAAGGCCAACAUUGACACUACAAAACUCUUCAAUUUGAUCCAUUCUUGGUCCAAGUGCAAGCCAUCUGUUCCUGAUGAAACCAAGGAAGACCGCCAAAAUUCUGCCAAGGCCAUGAUUCAAGACCAUGUGGAACUAGACUUAAUGGACCCAGAUGACUUGUCUACAUUGGUGGAAACAUCAGGCUUGGUGACAAAAGACCAGCUGUAUGAUGUCUUCAAGAAUCAGGCAAAGAAGGCAAAAAAAGCAAAGCAGGAAUGCAGCAUCUCUUUUCCUCAAUCUCACUCCAGUGUUGGCCAAGUAGAGUGGAAGAGAACCAAAUCUGAAACGUUCACUGCUGUCAAUGAUUGGAGCAGCGACCCUUUCGAUAGAGAUCUAGAGUGGAAGAGAACCAAAUCCAAAACUUGCACUGCUGUCAAAGAUUGGAGCAGUGACACUCUCGAUAGAGAUCCAAUUGAAGUGGGGGGAAAGUACUGCUGGACUGUCACUAUAGACCCUACUGCCAGAUUUGGAAUACCCGGUGUUUGGCUUGGAGUGGCUAAAUCUACACAUCGUCUAAGCCCAAACAAUUUUUGUGGUCAGCAAAAACAUUGUUGGGGCAUCUAUGGGCGAAAUGGGAAUAUCCAUUGCGGUGGAAAGACAAUGAAGGGACCAGUGGUCAAGUUUGGAGCUGGUUCAAGUGUCACAAUGACUCUUGAUUUGUCAGGAUUGAGUACAAGCAAUGGAACGUUGUCAAUCUCUGUCAACAGUCAACCAGCUGUGGUGGUCUUUUCAAAUUUACAAGCGCAGCUUGUUGAGAGUGAUGAUGGGUUUGUGCCCGUUGUAUCAUGCAUGAAAACAAGUGCCACAAUUGUGAAUUUUCAAAGACUGUAG